AUGAUAUCCAGCUGCUUGAUCAACUACUUCCCCAACCUAGAGCGUAGGAACUGCCAUGGAUUCACCGCUUUGAUGAAGGCAGCCAUGCAAGGGAGGGCAGGUAAAGCUAUAAUAUUUAUUUUUUUCUAUAUAAUUUUUUACAACGUUUACAUUUUCUUUAUUUUGUUGCUAGGCCCACUGUGAAGAAGAAUAAGUUUGUAAAGUUACAGAUGUCGGAUCUUAAUUGUAUCUUUUCUCGCAGAAAAACUUCCUGCGCAUCAGGAAAUUCAAAUGAGAUUUAGAUACGUUCACUGAAAAACUGCAGUUCUCUUUCACCACAUUCCGGGGCAGUCGAGUCGUUUGGAACAGUGCCAGCUAUCAAACUCAUCCUCCCUCUCUCGCGGUUGUCACUAGUUAGCACAGCUACAAAGUCCAAAUUGGCUAUAUAGUAAAGAUUCAUGAAAACAAAAAUGUGGUUUCUGGUCAUAAUUUAACAUUAGGGUUAGGUAUAAGGUUAGCAGUGUGAUUAAGGUUAGGGUUAGGUUUAAAAUCAGAUUUUAAGAAGAGAAAUUGCAGAAAUAGGUGGGGUUUAGCCAUAAUUAUGACUUUGAGGCUGUAGUAAUUAGUGAUGACCCUCUCCAACUCGCUAAAAUGUUAAAAGCGCCAGACAGAAUGUGAAUAAAUGUACUACUGCUACUGUAGGCAUAUAGAUCCUAUUACUGCAACAUUCAAAUGUGCAUUUAUCUUAAAUGCAUCCAUACACAUCAACAACUGAACCAGUAUCUGGGCAAAGGAGACAAUGAAUAGGACGAGAUCUCCUCUGCCCAGAAAGCUACACUACACAUGACCAAAAGUAUGUGGACACGUGCUCGUCGAACAUCUCAUUCCAAAAUCAUGGGCAAAAAUAUGGAGUUGCUCCCCCUUUGCUUCUAUAAACAGCCUCCACUCUUCUGGGAAGACUUUCCGCUAGAUGUUGGAAGAUUCCUGCGGGGACUUGCUUCCAUUCAGCCACAAGAGCAUUGACACUUUUUCGGUAUAUAUGUAUAUGCUCUUUCCAUGACAUAGACUGACCAGGUGAAACCAGGGGAAAGCUAUGAUCCCUUAUUGAUGUCACUUGUUAAAUCCACUUCAAUCAGUGUAGAUGAAGGUGAGGAGAUAGAUUACAGAAGGAUUUUUAAGCCUUGAGACAAUUGAGACAUGGAUUGUGAAUGUGUGAAAGACAAAAUAUUUAAGUGCCUUUGAACUGGGUAUGGUAGUAGGUGCCAGGAGCACCGGUUUGAGUGUGUCAAGAACUGCAACACUGUUGGGUUUUUCACACUCAACAGUUUCCCGUGUGUAUCAAGAAUUGUCCACCACCCAAAGGACAUCCAGCCAACUUAACACAACGGUGGGAAGCAUUGAAGUUAACAUGGGCCAGCAUCCUUGUGGAAUGCUGUCAACACUUUGUAGAGGACAUCUUAACGUUUCUAGCGAACCUAAGGUUACGAAUCAACUGUCAAAAUUUAGUUGUUGAACUGGUGCCAAGUGGCCAUGCAGUCUAAGGUACAAUGUAGGUAUGGUACUGUAUUGUAUGCAAACACUGUUUCUUCAGAUAUUCAAAUACUCCUGCUGCUCCUAUAUUCCUCCUGUGAUGAAACGGGUCAAAUUAAGAUCCGACAUCUGUAAGAGCUCCGAUAAAUGUAAACAUUUUGAAAUGACAAUUGAAUACCAACACAUUCAAUGCCUCUCUUUAUUUGUGUAUUCCCUCUACAAGGAGCGGACAUGGAGGCGAGGGACUACAGCCGCAAGAUGACCUCCAGGGAGUGGGCUUUGUUCACAUGCCGCUAUGAGCCGUGCGCCGAGCAGUUCUGUGACUCCUACAAGCUGGAAUGGCCCAUGCUGCAGGAGCUAGUGACCCAAUGCCAGGAGUCCAAGAGCUGCUGGCAGAAGGUGGCAGACAAGGCCUGCUGCAGGUUCUCCCUCCGCAUGAAGAUGGACCCCGUGGAUUCCGGUGUGAUGGACCACAUGGUGCGCAUCACUACCGCCCUGUCCAGCCCAUUGAUCGCCACCGCCUGCCACACCGUGGCCCCGAGAAGCCCACCCUGCAUCGAGAAGCGGCACUAUGCCGUGCCGGAGAUCCUCAGGAAGCAGCGAGUGGACGAGCUGAAGCGCCUGGUCCCCAACCGCUUCAACAACAACAAGAAGCUGUUCAAUAACUCCCAGGUGCAGUUGGUUCCUAAGAAGAGGGAGCGGAGGGCCAGCCUGCAGACCCAAAUGUUGCAAAAAGUUGCGGUGGCCGGUACUUCGGCCCUGAGGCGCACCAGCUUGCUGCCCCUGAACAUGAUGAGGAGGAGCAGUAUCAGGCCUGGCAUUGUGGUCCCCAAGGUGAGGCUGUGCAAGGUCCCCUCUGGGCCCAACCCUGAGAAGAGAAGGAAGAGCAAGGACCCCGAGCUCCUCCAGCUCCCCAAGUGGAGGUACAAAGAGGCCAAGGAGGAGAGGAGGAAGCAAGAGGAGGAGGGGAAGAAGAGACGUUUACCCACAGUGAGGAGGCGGUGA